CAAAACCCUGUGGAUUUACGAGAACUCCGACGGCUCUUCUUCUCACCUUGCGAGCGCAUCCGAGCAUUCUUCUCCUCUUCGCCAUGGAGGAGGAGCCGAUGAUCAGGAGAGUUCGCGUGGUCUUCGAUGACCAUCGCCACCUCCUCACCAAGCCCCAGCGCUUGGACGGCCUAAAAAAAUGCUGGCUUCUCCUCCGCCCUAAGCUCGCUACCAUCUCCGAUCUCUCCUCUCAUCUCUCCCGACGUUUUCAUCUCCGCCGAUCCUGCCCCCUUGGGCUUGUUCUCUCGAUGGAUGGCUUUGUUCUGCCAUCAUUUGAAUCAACUUACAUCCUUAAUGAUGGAGAUAUCAUCAGGGUAAGAAAGAAAGAUAGUAAAUUGAAGGCUUUAGAGAAGGCUAAUGGUGACUACCACAUUCAGAAGAAUUUGGAUAUAGUGGAGAGGCUGCCCAUAAGAUCAAGUGGUGAAGUUAUGGUAAAUAAGGAUACCCACGAAGAGCUGGAGGAAUAUAAAGCUAACAAGUCGUGCGAUCUUCAGAUUGGCACUUCGACGGGUUCUCCCUUAGUUCUUGACUUAAAUUCAAAGAGAAAAAGAGCAGAUCCAGAUGUGCUUCAAAAGUCAGAGAGGAGGAAGAAAUCAAAACUGAUGAUUUCUGAUAAGCCUGUGGUUUCUGAUGAAGAUACUGAAUUUGUUCCCUUGCUGCAGAGACAUCUAUGUUCAACGAUAGCUGACAAUUCAUGUGAUAGGUCACAUGUAAAAGAAGAGCUACUUAGAGAAAAGGGUAAAUCAAAUGCAGUUACCUUCUAUCCAGUGGGUUGUAGUGCUAUGAAGACAACUGAUUGUGUACUUAAUGGACGGAGGACUGACCAAGUUGGGGAGAGUAGCAAAGUUAAACAAUCUGAUCCUUGUAUUGAUGGCUCAAAGAAGUUGCCUAGUAGGAAUGCUCGUCGGAAGAAGGCCAGCAGAGAAUGGUUGAAGGAACUGAAUUUACAGAAUAAGAACCAUACCUUAAGCUGUGUACCCGCAAAAGCCAUUCAGAUGACAUCAUCAGACCAUUCAACAGUGGACUUGGAUGCAGUCAUGGAAAAUGAGAUUACUCCUAUUGUAGUUCGUCCUGGUCACAUUCGUUUUGAGACUGCAGAUCGAAGCAAAGAGCUGCAACAUGCGCCGGAUGAUCUGCAAUGGCAUGGAACAAGUAACAAGAAAAGAGAGGGGUGGCUUAAGGGCAUAAAUGCGAAAAAGGUUUUUGUUUCUGAAGUGGAGCAACUUAGAAAAUAUAAUGUUGAUGAGGGCAAGUCACCCAUUGUUCAUAUUGACUUUGAGAGACUAUUUCCUUUAACUCGUCCUCCGAAGGAAGGGGACGUGGUUGCAUAUCGUAUGAUUGAGUUAUCAUCAGCCUGGAGUGCAGAGCUUUCUUCAUUUCGAGUUGGAAAAGUUUCAUUGUAUGAUCCUGUGUCCAUGAAAAUCUGCCUAGUGCCUAUUCCUGAUUACCCAUUUAACUUGCCUGAUAAAAAAGAUGCUGAAUCCUCUGAGAAGCCAAAUGUUUCACCUUACAACGAAGAUGGAUCUUUAGAGAUUGAGUAUCGGUCACUUGUGGAUGUCCGGCUAUUCAAAACCAGUAACAAGGGAGCAUCAAAUGCGCAUUCUUUUGGGAGACAAGCUUUUUCAGCGGACAAUUGGGAACUGGCUAUUAAAAGCACAAAGGAGACUUAUACCACUCACAUGGGAAGCUGGGAUCAAUUUGUGCAAUCUUCAAAUGAGGCACCAAAGCUUGUAGAAAAUGAUGGUUGGCGUGAAUGGCCAAAAGAGAAUCCGGGCAUUGCCUUAUGGUUUGAUUAUUGUAGAUCCCUUAGAGAAAGCAAAUCAUUCUUUCCAAAGAGGGAUAAUUGGAAAAGCAAGUCAGGAAAGCCCAAUGGCGUGCGUGUCAGAUAUUUCCAUCACCCACUAAAGUUUGGCAAGUAAACUAGCUACUGCUUCCCUAUGACCAUCUCUAGUCUGAGAUCCUUGUGUAAAAUAUGACCAGAAGCAUACUUUUAAACUGAAACUAUUGUAAACUGGUGAGGACUUGUAGUAGUCUCCUGCUAAAUGUGUUCUCUGGCUUGCAAACUUUUUAUUUAGUUAAUCGAUGUGCAAGUGCUGGUUAUCUCUUGGCAUUCUUCA